AUGAUUCUUCAUUCAUGUCAUAUUCAUAUAGCUAUACUAACUAGUGGAUCAACAUCUGACUUUAUUCUUUCAACAUAUAUUACACCAAUCACUCAAUUAGCUAAACAAAUUCAAGUAUUUGUUGCACAAUUAGUUUUACAACGUUUGAAAAAUGCCGAUCUAUCGACAGUAAAUCCUGAUGUAUUAAUUAGUCAAUGUCCAGACAUAUCUAUGAUCUAUUUGAAGACAUUCUUGUUCGAUAUGCACAAAAGUACUUGA